AUGUCAGUCAUAAAAACCAUCCUUACAUUUCCUGAUGUAUUAUUGUUUGUUCUACCAGCUUUUUUUAGGAAAAUCUUCAUCUUGCAUUUGGUAGGGCUGGUGCUAACUUACAACUUCACUAACUGUGACUACGAGAAGAUCAGACAGGCAUAUACGCAUAUCAUUUUCUGUGACCUGAAGGAAUAUAUGAAUGGGACCAAAAGUACCAGCUUCGAAAAAAUCGARUCCUGUUACAACCCAGUGAGUAGAACCAUCAGUGCUUCUGGCUUUCUCCCAGAAAGACGCCAGGCGUUCCAGGGAGGGAGUAUCUUGCGGAGUGCAGAUCCCCGGGCAGUGGCGGAGCUCCACAGUUACCCCUUUCAUUCAAUUUAUACUAACUCUCCCCCCUCCUUUUUUUUUUUUUUUUCCUUCUUCUUUCUUUCUGGUGUUUUCUCCCUUGUUCCUAACGUCGCGGCCGGUGAGCAGUCAGAUUGUCUCAUUAAAAUCGAGCACCAUACCUUCAAUCCCACCAGUGACUGCCUGUCACUCUCCGAGUCCUCCUUCGCCUUGAAAACGAAUGCUACCCUCGUUCUCCAUUGCUCAGGCUACUCAGGAAUUCAGAAAAACAAUACCCAGGAAAUGAAACAAGAAGGAGUCAACAGUAACUGCCUCAACCAAACCUCACAAAUACUAGGAUGGUGGCGUCGUUUCUCUCGACUUUUAGGAAAACAAAACUAUUUUAAUUCCUGUCCUAAUUUAUAGCACCAAAAGAAAUAAUUUUUAUUAAAUAUAUAAAAUGUUAACUCUGUGACAUUUAAAAGAGCACUAAUAGUUAUUCUUUAACUACAGAAAGGUUUCUUAACUUAUUUUGGGGUCAGUCUGUAUUGUUUAAUGUGGGUUAUUUAAUGUGGGAAGUAUUGAUCCUCUAAUGUCAGGGGACACUUCUGUAACA